GCUUAUCGUCCCGGAACCUCGCCGGCGUCAAAGUGGCUAUGAUCGGUUAUCAGCACUGAUCCACUCGCGUCAUUACUUCUGUCUGAUUUUCUUCCCCAACCUCUCAAUAACUUCUAUCCAAGCGAUUGACCUGUCUUAUAUCCUCCCCAUGGCAGCGACGCAAAAGCUCUACCCUCGCGCCACAGUCAAGCGUGUCGUCAAGGCGCACUCUAAUCGCAAUGUGAGCAAGAACGCUGAUAUUCUGAUUUUCUUAGACUAUAUGUUAUUCAUGCAAGAAUUGAUGCGGGAAUCAUCAAUUCAGUCGCGGAAGGCCGGCGAAAAGAAUAUCUCACCGAAUUCUGUACGCAAGGUGACCGAGAAAACACUACGGAAGUUCAAGGGCUAGUAUGACGGCAGAAGAACCGAAGCCUGCAUCCUUAGCAGCGCUUGAUCAAAACGAACAUAUUCCAAACGGCCCUGUGGAUUUGUGCUACAUGGGUAGUUGUUGAGCUUCGGCUAGAUCAACGAUCGGCUCUCAUGGAGACCGUUAGCACCCGCGGCUAUGUCCUUAAUGUAUCACGAGAGGAAAUUGGGUGGAAAGAGCCCAGGCAACCAGAGGUUCAAGGCGUUAUUCAGGAGUCACUCGGUUGAUACCCAAUGCAUAGAUUAGUCUACAUCAGGAAGACCUCUGCAUAUGACAGAGCGACAAAUGAAACUGAGAUAUUCUUCUAUCAAGCUUACCUAGACUCGCCGUAGACAGAAAAAUCUCUAAGAUUUUUUUGGGCAGUGCCA